AUGGAUUCUUUCUCGGUAUCCGCAGAUUGUGGAACGACAUCUUCAGGCGAUUGCGGCACGACAUCGACGGCAGACUGUGGGACUUCAUCAGGAGGGGAUCACAGAACGACAUCUGGAGACUGUCGAACUGACUCGGGAGGCGAAACUGGAGGCGACUGUGGUGCCAAUUCGGGGCAGGAUCACUCAACAGAACGUGACUUUACGUAUACUGACUUUGCCGCCGGACCCCAAGCGGCCGCUGCAGGUUCUUCAAGUCCUUCAGGUCCUCAAGCACAGCCAAAUACUCGCACACCAGAAGAGAUCCAGGCGCAAGAGCAGCAAGCAGAAGCUAGAGCGCAGAAGAAGAGAGAGAGGAAAGAAAAAGCAAGGAGAGUCUUCAACAGCGUCAAAGCCGUGUCAGAAAACAUUGUCAAGGGCAAGUUCUGA